AUGGCGGCAGGAGGGCAAACUUACAGUCUCUCCACAGCCCACCCCUGUGUCAGCAACUUCAGAAUGUGGCAGCUCGCAAGCCUCUUGCUGUUCACGGCCACCUGGGGAAUUUCCAGCACUCCAGCUCCUCCUGACUCGGUGUUCUCCAGCAGCGAGCGCGCCCACCAGGUGCUGCGGCUCCGCAAACGCGCCAACAGCUUCUUGGAGGAGCUCCGGCCAGGCAACCUGGAGCGGGAGUGCAGAGAGGAGAGGUGUGAAUUCGAGGAGGCCCAGGAGAUUUUCCAAAAUGUGGACGAGACACUGGGCUUCUGGGCCAAGUACUUCGACGGUGACCAGUGCGAGGCCCCGCCCUUGGAGCACCCGUGCACCAGCCCGUGCUGCGGCUACGGCACGUGCACGGACGGCAUCGGCGGCUUCAGCUGCGCCUGCGACCGCGGCUGGGAGGGCCGCUUCUGCCAGAGCGGUGAGCGGGGCGGCGGGGCUGGGGCAGCCGGGGCCGGGGGGGCGGCGGGGCCGCGCACUUCGCGCCACCGCCCGCUGGGCGCUGUCUUCCUGUCGCCAGAGGUGCGCUUCUUCAACUGCUCGGUGGACAACGGCGGCUGCGCGCACUACUGCCUGGAGGAGGGCGGCGGGCGCCUGUGCAGCUGCGCACCCGGCUACAAGCUGGGGGACGACCACGUGCAGUGCCAGCCCGAGGUGAGGUUCCCUUGUGGGAGGCUGGGGAUGCGAAUGGAGAUGAAGCGCAGUCACUUGAAACACAACACAGACCAAGUGAACCAGAUGGACCCACGGAUCGUCGAUGGGAAGUUGACCAGACAGGGAGAUAGCCCCUGGCAGGUGGUCCUGCUGGACUCGAAGAAGAAGCUGGCCUGUGGAGCGGUGCUCAUCCACACAUCCUGGGUGCUGACGGCGGCCCACUGCAUGGAGGACUCCAAGAAGCUCAUCGUCAGGCUUGGGGAGUAUGACCUGCGGCGCAUGGAUAAUUUGGAGAUGGAGGUGGAGAUCAAGGAGGUCCUCAUCCACCCCAACUACAGCAAAAGUACCACUGACAAUGACAUUGCGCUGCUUCAGCUGGCCCAGCCCGCCACACUCUCAGACACCAUCGUGCCCGUCUGCCUCCCGGACAGUGGCCUUGCAGAGCGCGAGCUCACUCAGGCUGGACAGGAAAUGUUGGUGACGGGCUGGGGCUAUCACAGCAGCCGAGAGAAAGACACCAAGAGAAACCGCACCUCCAUCCUCAGGUUCAUCAAGAUUCCCUUGGUGCCACGCAAUGAGUGCAGCAAGGUCAUGAACAACAUGAUCUCUGAGAACAUGCUGUGUGCGGGCAUCCUUGGGGACCGGCGGGAUGCCUGUGAGGGUGACAGUGGGGGGCCCAUGGUCACUUUCUUCCAUGACACCUGGUUCCUGGUGGGCUUGGUGAGCUGGGGUGAGGGCUGUGGGCUCCUUCACAACUACGGUGUUUACACCAAAGUCAGCCGCUACCUUGACUGGAUCCACGGCCACAUCAGAGAUAAGGAAGCCUCGCUCAAGAGCCAGGCACCUUAG